GCUGAACUUGUGCAAUUACCUUGUAGGUGAAAUGGCGACGAUGUAUCCGGUUUCCGGAUCUUUCACAAUUUUCUGUCAGCGAUUUGUAGACACUUCCUUUGGAGGAACUAUUGGAUAUAACUACUGGGCAUGUUGGAGUGUGAUAGUAAGCGCCGAGUUGACUGCUAUUCCCAUUGUUAUGCAGUAUUGGACGGACAAGGUUCCAUCAUGGGCAUGGUCUGGAAUUUGGCUAAUUGUCAUCUUUUGCCUCAACCUAUACGGCGCAAGGUCAUACGCUGAAGCAGAAUAUUGGUUUGCAGUGAUUAAAAUUAUUGCUGUUUUGAUUUUUAUCAUUGUUGGUUGCUUCACUUCAGGUGGUGUGAUUGGUGGCACCGUUUACGGAUUUAAAUAUUGGGUAGAUCCCGGUGCAUUCUCCCAUGGCGUUCUAGGUGUCCUAAAUGCAUUUGUGUUGGCUUCCUUCAGUAUGCAAGGCACAGAAAUUGUUGGUAUCACUGCUGGUGAAUCUGAACACCCAACAAAAGAUAUACCUCGUGCAAUUAGAAAUGUAUUCUGGCGAUUGCUCAUUUUUUAUCUUGGUUCAGUUUUUGUUAUGGGCAUGGUUCUUCCCUGGAAUAUGCCUGACCUGUUGUCAAAGAGCUCUAACGUUACAGUGUCUCCUUUCACCUUGGUCUUCACUGCUGCUGGCCUUGGCGGAGUAUCGCACGUCAUGAAUGCAGUCAUCCUUAUUACCGUCAUGAGCUGCGGUAACAGCGGUAUGUACGUUGCAACAAGAACCUUGUGUGCCUUAUCCAAGGAAGGCUAUGCACAUCGAAAACUUGGACAAGUUAAUAAGCGAGGUGUCCCUAUAUACGCAUUAAUAUGCACUACUUUGGUCAGUCUUGUCACAUUUGCAACUUCUUUCAUUCCUGGAAAAGCACUUUUUUUGGUCUUGACUGAUCUGAGCGGUGUAGCUGGAUUUGUCACUUGGUUUGGAAUCGCAUUCUCGAGAUGGAGGUUUAGACGAGCAUGGAAGCUACAAGGAAAAGACACUUCCGAACUAUUAUAUCAUGCGCCUGGGCAUCCUUGGGGAGAUUUGUUUGCAAUGAUUGCUUGCCCCGUUGUCGCUCUGAUUGCCGGUUAUUCUUACUUUAGUCCUGCAGAUCCCGUUGGUCUCAUUGGUAAUUAUGCUGGCCUUGUAUGUGUAGCCAUUGGCUAUUGUAUUACCAAAUUAUGGACCAAAAGUAAGAUGAUCCCGCUUCGCGAGAUAGACCUUGACGCUGGCCGCGACUUGGACAUGGAACAGCGUUGGAGGGAAGAAUUAGACGAAAAGGAAAAGGACGAUACUCGUGGAAUUAAGAAGUAUUAUAGGCAAGCCAUUGCCAUCUUUACAUAAUCGAAUUUAUAUAUAAUUGGUACCUUUCAUUAAAUAUCACUUUUUUUACAACGAAUAAACUGUAGGGACGUUUUGUUCGAUCCACUUGCAACGCGAA